AUCAAACACGCCCGAGCUGAGUCCGUGAGCGAGUUGAGUCGAGUCGAGUCGUUAACACCGAGCGGAUACAAUUUUGUUAAAAGAAAAAUUAAGAAAAAAAACCCCAGGCAUAGAUACAUUUUCCACCUCUUUCUGUGUUAAAGUCAAAGAACUAAGAUAAGACUUUCAGAUCUAGCAAGCAUGUCCCAUAGUUCCCCGAGAAGCGUAGCCACAGCUGUAACCACUUAACAAACAAUGCCCAAAGUAAAGGCGAAACGAAGCUCUAGCAAUCGAAACCAAUAAAAUGAUACCCGUCGCCUGCAACACCAACAUCAACAUCGGCCACAUCGAGCAGGUUGCAGGCACUCCAAGGACAAAUAAAGCUGGAAUAACAUCAAUCCGAUUUGGAGCCGUCGCCACAACGAUAUUGAACGAGCGAUGAGAUGGAGCGUCCGUUGGGAUGACGAACUCAGAAACUCAGUAAGAGGGAGCUGCAACUGAAACUGAAACAGAUACCGUAACUGAAACUGAAACUGAAAUCGAAACUAAAACCGCAGCGGAACUGAGCGGAAACCGAGGCGACGAAAAUAGAAAAUCUGUGAAAUCCAAAACCGUUAAAUCGCAAAACCGAAAAACCGGCGGAGGCAGCCAUGAGCAGUGCGGAUAUUUUGUAAUUAUUAAUGAGCGGGGUGAAGCAGCGCCGAACAGAGCGAUUCGUAGCGGGAUAUCACGAUGUACACUCUGCUGGAGCUCGACUAACACACUGACACACACUCACCCCAGUCCAGGACCCAGGACCCCCGAUCCCGACGGAGAUUCCCCACAGGACGAAAGGACGAACGGCAGAAAGGCAGGCAGGCAGGCAGGAAAGGCAACGAAAGGCUCAAUUUCAAGGAAUUUGCAAAGCGCUCGCACACAAACUUAUACACUGACACACACACACCGAUACACACCAACACAUGAGCGGGCAUCUCUCCAUCGCCAGGAUAGAAGUAAUUAAAAGUAAAUAAAGGAGGCAAGAGAAAACCGAAAAAAAAGAGUCCCCAAGAGCGUGGCGCUGGUGAAGGCAGGAAGUAACCUGAUUACGGGCAGAACGGCAGGAGCAAUUAAUGCCGCAGGAGGCAGGACCCCGGACCAAAAGCAGAGGAAGCGCAUCAGGAUCUGCCACUGGGCCCACAAGCUCGACUCGAUCUCCCAUCAGGACACGGACCGGGGAUUGGCGGCGGUGGAAGGUGGAAGGUGGAGGAAGGAGGACGGAGUCGAGUCACAAAAGGGCACCACUCUCGCCCCCUUUUUCGCUCUUGGCCCUCUAAGCACACCCACUCAACCAUACACAUGCACUGAAGUACUGACUGAAUGCCUCGCUGCCUAAACAACCAACUAACUCACUGACUGAGAGACUUCAACAAGCGGAGAAGUACGGAGAAAGCCCUGACUAGAAGCGCAAGUAGCCGAGCGAAUACAAAAUACAAGAAACAACAAACAAAAAACAAAAAACAACAGGGGGAACCAGCUAGCAACUAAAACUAAAGGAGCAACCUUGACUAAUAACUGCAACAACAACAAGAACAACAACAACUACAACUUACUUUAUACGCAACUAAAAGAAAAGAAGAAAAAAACCAAAAAAGGAAACAAAAAGCUACAACAAGCAACCAAAAAACGAAAAACUUCAAUUUUUAAUGCAAAACUACGAAAAGCCACGACAGCCAUUUUAAAUAAGCAACUCUCGCACCCUCCCGAAAUUUCAACUUCCAACUAACAAAAGCACACACACACACAAACACAGAUAAACAGAUAAACAGACAAGCAGACAAACAAACAGCAAACACAGCACCACCAUGAGUGAUUCAAGAACGGACAAGUUGGCCCGGAUGGCGCCCCUGCCCCGCACCCCCCUGCUGACCAUCUGGCUGGCCAUCAACAUGGCCCUGAUCGCCCAGGAAACGGGCCACAAACGGAUCCACACAGUGCAAGCGGCAACUGGCGGUGGCAGCAUGCUGGGCGACGUAAACAUAUCCGCUAUACUCGACUCCUUUAGUGUUAGUUACGACAAAAGAGUAAGACCCAAUUAUGGUGGACCUCCUGUCGAAGUCGGAGUCACCAUGUAUGUGCUAUCGAUCAGCUCGCUCUCAGAAGUGAAAAUGGACUUCACAUUGGAUUUUUACUUUCGUCAAUUUUGGACCGAUCCUCGUUUAGCGUAUAGAAAACGACCUGGUGUAGAAACACUAUCGGUUGGAUCAGAGUUCAUUAAGAAUAUUUGGGUACCUGACACCUUUUUUGUAAAUGAAAAACAAUCAUAUUUUCACAUUGCAACAACCAGUAAUGAAUUCAUACGAGUGCAUCAUUCUGGAUCGAUAACAAGAAGUAUUAGAUUGACUAUUACCGCAUCGUGUCCGAUGAACCUACAAUAUUUCCCCAUGGACCGCCAGCUGUGCCACAUUGAAAUCGAAAGCUUCGGCUACACGAUGCGUGACAUCCGCUAUAAAUGGAACGAGGGCCCCAACUCGGUCGGUGUCUCGAGUGAGGUUUCGCUGCCCCAAUUUAAGGUCUUGGGUCAUCGCCAAAGAGCUAUGGAAAUCAGUCUUACCACAGGCAACUAUUCGCGUUUAGCCUGCGAAAUUCAGUUCGUGCGUUCGAUGGGCUACUACCUUAUACAAAUCUACAUACCCUCUGGACUGAUCGUUAUUAUAUCAUGGGUAUCAUUUUGGCUCAAUCGCAAUGCAACGCCGGCGCGUGUGGCGCUCGGUGUGACAACCGUGUUGACAAUGACCACUUUGAUGUCGUCAACAAAUGCAGCGCUGCCAAAGAUUUCGUACGUCAAGUCGAUUGACGUCUAUCUGGGAACAUGCUUCGUUAUGGUCUUUGCCAGUCUACUGGAAUACGCCACGGUCGGCUACAUGGCAAAACGAAUUCAAAUGCGAAAACAAAGAUUUAUGGCGAUCCAAAAGAUAGCCGAGCAGAAAAAGCAACAGCUCGACGGAGCGAACCAGCAGCAGGCGAAUCCGAAUCCCAAUGCGAAUGUGGGUGGCGUCGGAGGACCCGGCGGCGUUAAUGUAGGCGGACCGGGCGGCGGACCGGUCGGACCCGGCGGCGUCGGCGUCGGCGGCGGCGGGGUCAAUAUGGGCGUGGGCAUGGGCAUGGGACCGGAACAUGGACACGGACAUGGCCACCACGCCCACAGCCACGGUCAUCCGCAUGCGCCGAAGCAAACAGUGAGUAACCGCCCAAUCGGCUUUUCCAAUAUCCAACAAAACGUUGGUACGCGCGGUUGCUCGAUAGUGGGACCCUUGUUCCAGGAGGUGAGAUUCAAGGUCCACGACCCGAAGGCCCAUUCCAAGGGCGGCACGCUGGAGAAUACGGUGAACGGCGGACGCGGCGGUCCGCAAUCGCACGGCCCAGGUCCGGGACAGGGCGGCGGACCGCCCGGCGGUGGUGGCGGCGGCGGCGGCGGUGGGGGCGGACCGCCCGAGGGCGGUGGCGAUCCGGAGGCAGCGGUGCCAGCCCAUCUCCUGCAUCCGGGCAAAGUAAAAAAGGACAUCAACAAGCUGCUGGGCAUCACGCCCUCCGACAUCGACAAGUACUCGCGCAUCGUGUUCCCCGUGUGCUUCGUCUGCUUCAACCUGAUGUACUGGAUCAUCUACCUGCAUGUCAGCGACGUGGUCGCCGAUGAUCUGGUGCUCCUCGGCGAGGAGUAGGGCGUCCUCCUUGAGCGACGACGCAGGGAUUCGAGGGCGUGGCCCAAGGACACAGGAGUGAACAGCGCACGAGAGAGUCAAACUGUGCAGGGCGCUGAAAAACCACACAAAAAAUAAGAAAUACAAAAAAAAAAAAACAAAGGGAAAAAUCCCGAAAAAAAAAAAUAAACAAAACUAGUCACAGAUGAUGAAUAAGCGGAAACAAAACUAAUUUUAACUAGCGAUAUGAAUGAAAUGCAGAGGCAACAGUUUAUUGUUUAAUACCAAGGCGGAAAGGACACACACAUAUUACACGGUCGAAAGCAAAGAAUAUUGUUAAAUAGAUUUACACAGUAAUAAAACCAACAUUAGAAUUAACAACCAAAUGAGUAUAAAUGAAUGAAGAAUAAUCAAAAGCAACAGAUUAGCAAAUUGUAGUGAAAAUUAUAUAACGAAGGGCAAGGAGAAUUACGAACCGAUAAAAGAAAAAUAAAACCAUUGAAACCACAAA